CCCCGACGCACCCCGGCUCUGUGUCCUCCCGCAUCGAGCCGACCAACCUUUAGAUCGAGAGCGCGACUGCCCUGCCAUGGUAUUCCAAGAACCGCCAAACGAUUAAAAACGAUAGAUAUUCAUUGGGAGGAAACAUGGAUUCGCAUUGUGGACCGACCUCAUUCUCCCUCGACCACGGCGGUAACCAUGCCGACCCCCUUACAAUCGAUACUCAAGUCCCCAGAGCGACGAGGGCCCAAUCAAUACACCAAGAAGAUGAAGGCAAUGCGACCGUUGAACUCGCCUCGAUAAUGAUGGCGGCAUCAAACCCCGUGUCGCCGGGGCCAAAUCCGCCGCUCGACCCGGAGCGCAUGCAGGAAUUCAUACCUCCCACCCGGCCGAGCAGCACGCCAUUCCCACAGCCUGAGCCGCGCAGUACGGAGCUUCGCUGUAGCAGCUGUCCAACAAAUCGAUUGUUGGGUUCGAAUACCUCGGACGCUACCGGCUUGCCCCCACCACCUUCGACUGGAACGACCGCCAACACCGGCCUCAAUGACCUCCCUACCGAAAUCCACGAAUGUAUCCUCGACCACCUGUUUGGAUUCCGGGUUUCGGCCACCUCCAAAAGUUCUAUAACGCGCUGGGGAACCGCACUACGUCAUCCACGGCGGAAAGAACUGUCUGAACUGUCGCUUGUAAGCGGGGCGUGGAGGAUAUUGAUCCAGGAGCGACUGUACCGGCACAUCAAGCUGAAGGCAUCCAUUGAGUCUCUGAGAAGCUCCAUGGCCUACUUCUCAGCUCGCCCGCAUCUGCGAUCUUAUGUCAAACAUGUCGAGAUAUGGUUCCCCGUGUUCCACCCCAAACACAGGCCAUUGGCGCUAUCCAACGCAAACACCCUUCCGACGGUGACCCCGGAUGGACUGACGACCGCUUCUUAUGUGUUGCCAAUGGAUAACUGCUCCCUGGAGGAGGCUUUCUAUUUCGUGGCAGAAUCUCUCCCGGAGGUCUGCGUCUUGACGUUGGAGGGGGGCGAACGGAAGAAGGCGCCUAAAGUGAGACAUUGGAUUCGAAAUUCCGGCGAGCAGAGUGUGCGGGUAAUGCCCAAGGUACAUUCCGUCCGAACUCUCAUCUCCAAGGGGCAGUGGAACUUGAUAAGGGAGGAAGAUGACUUCCAGAACAUCAUGUCGGCGUUGCCCAACCUGCAGGAAUGGCACGGCUCGUACAGCAAGCCCAAGUCCAAGAGCUACCUCACCAUGGCCAGCAUCCUCGCGAAACCCAUGCGCCUCACGAGUCUUGAUCUGUGCAUCGAAGGGGAUUACCGCCGCGAGUUGUCGUUUCCUCCUUAUAUUCUCAAGGUAUCGAGCAGGGUACAUUUCUGUUCACGACUGGCUACCGGCGCUGCGUCCCCGUCGCUCGAGCACAUCUCAUACACGGGCAGGGUCUGCAAGCAAUUUUUUAUUGAUCUCAUGUCCAAGAGCAAGGACCCGAGGAACGCGCGCCUGAAGUCGAUUGACCUUACUGUGAAGAAUUGCUGCCGGCAGGUGGCGCACUGGAACGAGUCUGGAUCCGGCAUUACAGAUAUGAAUUUCAUCAACGCGUUCGAGGAGCUGGUCAUCGCGGGCAUUCGGGCUCUGGGACGACUCAAAUCGGUCGAGUAUCUUAGGAUCCGCUACGUGGAUCUAGACUCGCCAUUCCCACCGCUCAACCCACAUUUCCUCCUACGUAACGGGCGGUGCUCGGGCGUCUGGAGCGACGCUAUCAUCGCCGAGAUGAACCGCGCCCAACCCAGCGCCCGCUUCGAGGAGCUAUCCGAAUCCUUCGGCGAGGUUGGGUACCGGAAAGACGGCCGGAUGACGUUCAACCCGGAGUUUCCGACGUCCAGCUCUCGGACGAUUUCUCUCAAGUUGUCCAACUAUGCGCUGCUCAGCGCCGGGGCCCCAUGAGGUUCGAAACGAGCGGCAACCUCGUGUUUAUCGGGACUAUCGGUAUCCAUCCAAUACACGCUCGAUGGAUUUAACAGGACA